AUGUCGCUGCGCUUCCUGGAACAACCGGUUUAUUCGACCGCGAUUCUGAUGAAGCAGCUUGCGAGCGCUACCUCCUGCGUUUGCGUUCCGACAAAGAACUCAUGGUGUACAGCAACUGCAACCAUAACUGCUACGAAAACGAUCACCUCUACUGACCGCAUCACUGCUACCGAUACUAUCACCAAAACAAAGACAAUCACCUCUACUGACAGCAUCACUGCUACCGAUACUAUCACCAAAACAAAGACAAUCACUGAUACUGAUAGCUUCACUGUUACGGAUACUAUCACCAAAACAAAGACAAUCACUGAUACUGACACUGCUACUGUUACAGACACUAUCACCGCCACAGUGACUGGUACUGGUAUCAUCUGCUGCAACUCUCAAAACUGGCUCGGUAGUGGCUCGCAAGAUGCCUGCCGUCAAUGCCACUCGCCCACUGGAAGCGGGGGUGGUAACGGUAGAAGGUUCAACUCUGCUGCUACAGAAUGGGAUACGCAGUCCCCAUGCGCUUAA